UUUUAGCAUGUUAAUAAUUUCUGGUAUAAUACAUAGGCGAAAAUAUUUUAAUGAAUUUUUUUAAAACUGGUAUUAAGUCUGUUUUGGGAUCUGCAGAUAAUGAUCAAGCCCCAACUGCUCCAGAAACAGUGGAAAAACUUGUGGAUCGGUUAUUACAUUCAGUUUUAUUAGAUGACAGACGCGAUGCAUGCAAGGCGUUAAGGGCUCUCUCUAGAGAGUAUCGCGUUGAGGUUGGUGCUCAAGGUAUGACAGCAAUUAUUCAAAUACUGCGAAAUGAUUAUCAGGAUUCUGAAAUUGUAAGUUAUUCAUUGGAUACACUUUGUAACGUGGUAACAUGUGAAGAGUAUGAAAAUGAAUGUGAUAGAAGUCAAAUAUCUGCAAGCAUUGGUGAACAGUUUACAGAAAUGUUUAUUAAGGUUCCGGAAAAUGUUGGUUUAAUAAUGGAUUGUUUAGAAACAUACGACUUUAAAGUACGAAGAGGAGCCAUCCAUCUGUUAACAAUGCUUAUAUCAAAUAGAACACGCGAUUUACAAAACAUAAUCUUAGUCAAUCCUUUAGGAAUUUCAAAGUUAAUGGAUUUGCUUAAGGACAGUCGCGAAGCAAUAAGGAAUGAUGCACUUUUACUUUUGAUUCAACUAACUAACAGUAACACUAAUAUUCAGAAAAUUGUUACAUUUGAAAAUGCGUAUGAUAAAAUAUUUCAAAUAAUUCAUGAUGAGGGACGUUCAGAUGGUGGUAUUAUAGUAGAAGAUUGUCUAAUACUUCUUUUAAAUUUACUUAAAAAUAAUUCCAGCAAUCAACAAUUUUUUAAAGAAGGUUCAUACAUUCAAAAACUAGCAGAAAUGUUUGUUUUUUCAUUAACAGCAGAUAGUUGGACUCCCCAAAAAGUUUCAAAUGUUCACUGCAUGCUUCAAGUUGUAAGAACUUUGGUAAGUCCCAAUAAUCAGCAAAUAAUGAUUUGUGCAUGCCAAAAUGUAAUGCGACAAUCCAAAUUGUUGAACUCGCUUUGUAUAAUCCUGAUGAGUAGUGGUAUACCAGCAGAUAUUUUAACUGAAACAAUCAAUACUAUUGGAGAGGUAAUUAGAGCUAAUAUUGAAAAUCAAAACGAUUUUGAUAUGGUUGUGGCACCUAGUAUGCCGCCACGUCCUGCUUUGGUAGUCUUAUUAAUGACAAUGAUAAAUGAAAAACAGCUUUUAUCAUUGCGUUGUGCUGUUCUUUAUUGUGUGCAAUGCUAUUUAUAUCGAAAUGAUUAUGGAAAGAAAACUGUAAUUCAAACGUUAUUACCGUCAUCAACACUCGACAAUCUCAGACUUUCCACAGGUCAACUCUUAUGUACUGGACUAUUUUCUUCUAAUGCUUUAGCGAAUUGGUUCUCUGCUGUUGCGUUGAUGCAUACAUUAGUUGAUAAUAUUAAACAGAAAGAAGAAUUAUUAAGAGUUCUGUUAGCCUCACCAAAUGGAUCUAAGCCAAUGACUUUAUUAGAUCAGUGCACUACAUUGCUUCAACAAGAAGGUUGCAAAUUACAGAGUAAACUAGGUAUUAUUAUGCUACUAAGUACUUGGCUAGCCUAUUGCCCUGUUGCGGUCAAAGCAUUUAUAAGUAGCGAAGGUACUAUGGCUUUUAUAAUUGCACAAAUAAGCGCUAAUGAACAUGGUGAAGAAGAGUAUUUAGUGCAAGGCAGUUGUGCAUUCUUAAUGGGUCUCUGCAUCCAAUUCAAUGACAAUACCAUUCCAUCUCAAACGAGUAAAGAUAUCUGCCAGUUAAUUGGUAAACGCAUUGGUCAGGAAACAUUUUGCUGCAAAAUAACUGAAGUAUCACAUCACAAAGCUUAUGUUAAAGCAUGCAAAGAAAUGUAUAUACGUGUUAAAAGUUCAUCUGACGUGUUUUUAGAUUAUGAAUAUUGUAAAUUGUAUAAGUCUUUAGAAACUCAAAUAAUUAAAUUAAUUAAUAAUAUAGAUUUGAACACCGAAGAAUUAUCGGAACUUUCAUUAACUACGGAUUCUAUUUUACUUGUGACUCAAUAUAAAAAUAUUAUCAGAGGCCUAGGCAAUGAAAUUGAUUCCUUAAAAGAAAAUGUAAAACUUCUUGAAGUAAAAAAUACAGAACUGGAAAAUGAACUUCUUAAAUUGAAAGAAAAAAAUGUGCAUUUAUCGGAUUAUAAUACGUUGUUAAAAGCACAAGUUUUAUCAACGCAACAUGUUCAAUCAGUACAGGGUAACAAUUUAAUGCACUUAAAUGAAGAUCAGAAUAAUUCGGAUUCUGUCGGUGAUGCUAAUGAUAAAAAUACUAAAGAAAUAUUACUUAAUCGUUUAGCGGAUGAGACACUUCGUGCAAAAAUUGCAAAUGAUGAAUUAGUGAAACUACGAACAGAUCAAGAAAAUUUAUUUAUGCUCUUAUUAGAUCAAGAUAAUAAGAUAGCAAUGUAUAAACGACAAAUAUACGAAGCUGGUUUAAGUAUAUUAGAAGAUUCUGGAACAGAUGAUUUGAGAAACGAGUAAUGUUGUAAUUCAGUUUUAACUACCAAUGUUAACACAUCUAAACAAUGUAUUUUUUAUAAAUAUAAAAACAGUAUAUGAAAACUUAAAACAGUUUCAGUGGGAUUAAACGGCUAAUAAAAGAAAAAAAAAUGA